GAAUCAUUUGAUUUGAAAUCGCGCUUCGUGCUGCACGCGUUCACUCUCCGUUGUAAGUGUUUGGCGUCAACGCGUCCAUCGCUAGUCCUUGUAAAAAGGCUUCGAAGGAUAGGUAGAGUAGUGGCGUGUGUUUUCUGAAACUAACAUCACCCCAAGUGGCAGGUGUAUUCCGCGAGGUUGUAGCAGAUGCGACCAGCUAUCACAUCCCAUGUGAUCCACUCCAGGACUAACAUUCAGCCAGUAGGUAUUUUAUCUCAUUGGUUCUGCAUCACUUGUAGCAUAGGGAUAGACACAACAGUCUCACACCAUGGGAUCCGGAGGUAGAAUGGACUGCUGCGGGCAGUGCGUCAAGUACAGCAUGUUUGUGGCCAACUUUGUCAUCUUUCUCGGUGGUGCGAUCGUGUUCGGGUUGGGCAUCUGGACGCUGGUGGACAAACACUUCAUUAACGAGCUGCUCGGUACGAAUCUGUUUUCCGGCGCGGUGUACGUCCUGAUUGCCACCUCCGCCCUCGUCUGUCUACUAUCGUUCUUUGGAUGUAUGGGUGCGGCCAAGGAGUACAAGUGUAUGCUGCUGACGUACUUCAUACUGGUGUUCCUCAUCUUCGUGACGAUGCUGAUCGGUGGCAUCCUGGGGUACGUGUUCCGCGAGAAGGUAUCGCAAACGAUGGGCGACGAGAUGCGAUCGUCCAUGAGUUUGUACGGCUCGCGGCGCUCCAUCACGACGGCGUGGGACGAAACGCAACAGCGGCUGAAGUGCUGCGGUGUCAAGAGCUACAGCGAUUGGCGCGGUGACAUCCCACAGUCCUGCUGUCAGCGAACGCUGGACGGGUACAAGCCGUGCAUCGAGAACCCGAGCCCGGAGAACAUCUACAUCAACGGCUGUCUCGAGAUCACGUCCAGCUACAUCCGGGACAAUGCGGCGAUUAUCGGUGGCGGUGGAAUCGGUGUGGCUGUGCUGCUGAUAUUCGGAAUGAUAUUCUCCUGCUCGCUGUUCCGAAUGAUUGAGUGAUUUUCCAUCGUGCGUGGAAAAUUGUUAUGCUGCACACUGAAUCAAGCAAUAGUAGUGAGCAUCUACCACCGGCCCAGCACUCCAUCUUCGUACUUCGAUAAACCGUUAAGACAUCUACCUACUGCUGCUCGGGUUCCCUGGCUUCCUGUCGUUUGUGGAGCUAUGGGCGAUCAGACGCCGUAUUCCGUCCAGCGGGGAACACAAUCAUCCCUCGACCGUUCGAGUGAGCCCUUUUCCCCCCGCAGAAUCUCUUGCUAUUUGCAGUAUGUUUUAUUUGAUGUGUUUUGUAAAUGUGCUUCUCUUAAUUUUGAGCGUAGUAAUACUUGCCUAGUGGCGUUGGACAAUGUUUUGCGCUUCGUUACGCAGACGCGUGGACACAGUUUCCUGCACCGCCGGCUCAGCUCUCAUUACAUCGUACUAUGUUAAGAUAUUGUCUUUUUUUAUUUUAAUUUAACACAAUCGAUCGGCUGAAGUGAGAGGACAGCAAACAAAAAGAAAAAAAACACCCGAACACGACAAACAAAUUGAGGAAGCAAAAUUUAUGCUUAAACGAGAACGAUUGUAUAAUUCCAUUGUGCUUUUAUGUAGGUGUUAAUAAAGAGGAAAGGAGCGGUAAGAA